CAGUCCAGUGCAAAAAUCUGCCAAUGAGGGCUAUUAAAGCGCCAGAUAUAACACAGCAAAUAAGUGGCAUGAAAAACUGUCUAAAUGACGCUGUUUCUCAGUUCCAGAAUAUCAACUUUAACUCUGCUUCGUACUGAACGUUUGUCAGUGCAAUCCGAACUUUCGAGACUCAAGCCAGUGGCUGCCGAAUACAUAUAUGUCAAGAGCAAGUCGGAAUGUCUUGAAGGGACACGGGUCCGGACACAAGCCUCUCUUCUGGAGUCUCUUAAGGCCCCGGAGACUCGGUUCGUGUGGUUGCGUGGCCCCCCCGGUACUGGAAAGACGGCAAUUUCUAUGAGCAUUGCAUCUACCCUCGAUGCUCAGGAUGCCCUGGCGGCAUCGUUCUUCUGGGAUAAGAAUCAAGCGGGUACGGGCCUCGAUUCCAUUGAACACUUUCCUUCCACCCUUGCGCACCAACUUGCAAGCUUCAGUGAAGGUUUCAAGACGUCGCUCGUCAAACACCUUCGGCAGCCAUCUUUAGGAUUUAUCAAGAGCCUUCCUCUGUUCAAACAGAUGAGCACUUUGAUCGUCGAACCAAUGCGCGAUGCGAUAGAAAUGCAAUCCUCUGGCAAGAAUCGCUUCGUUAUCAUCCUAGACGGAUUGGAUGAGUGCGGGAACCCCGGAACACUUAGAGCUUUAAUGGAACUCGUGCUACAGCUUCGUGAUCUGCCCUCCUCAUUUGCCAUGUUGGUCAGCUCUCGUCCAGAGACACAGGUUGUUCAGGCUUGGGCUCGAGCUCGAUCGAUGGGUCAUGUCAUUCCAUGCGAGGACACCGACAAGAUCGACAAGAACGAGACUUUUCACACAAUACGCCGCAUGGUAGAUAAGGGGCUUAAGGAUUGCAUCUCCGAAUCAUCAUGGCAACCAUCAGAGGAAGAUCUCAACGCUUUCACUUCCGCGUGCCGCGGAUUGCCCGUUAUAGCUUCGCUGCGCAUACGUGAGGUCUGCGUUCGGACUGAACAGGGUACCACCUUCCGGUUAGAGCUCGAAUACUUCCGGGAUCUCAUCGAUGCGCCGACUGAUCUCAAUUCGGAGUACCUGCGAAUACUCCGGCGAGCCUACUUUCCUGACUCACUGUCCAUUCGUCCAAGUGUCAUUGAAAAUUACCGCCUUGUGGUGGGGAUGAUCGCUUUGGCGCGAGAACCAUUGAGUUUGUACUCAAUUGCAAAGCUUUUACAAAUUACGGAGGAAGAGGUCUAUGCGACUCUGAGACCAAUCAGUUCGAUCAUAGAUCUUCCCUCAACAGGACAAGGGCGGCCCAAAUUUUAUCAUGCGACGGCAAAGGAGCUUAUUGCGGGACAAGCAAUUGGUGACGCAGGUGAUUCUUCUUUCUUUAUUGGUACAGAUGAGUAUUCCCUGGGGUUGCCACUCCUUCGAUUUCUAGAGGGCACCUUCGAGCGUGACUACAUGAUGGCCAUCAAUAAUCCUUUAGGAGAUGAGGAGAGGUGGAAGGAAUUCCUGGGUCGGGAGUUACCGGAACAUGUCCAAUAUGCUGUCAAGUACUUGUUCAGCCACUUGAAUACUUCAAAGCUGCUCUUGCAAGACUCCAACGAACUGCAGCAGGCAUUUGAUCGCUUCCUUACCCAGAACCUCCUUAUCUUCAUUGCGCUCUCGGACGGUAAAUUCGCAUUGCCGGAUGAAUUACUUCGAUCCAACAAUCAUAAUUCAACCGAACUCUUAAGAGAAGCCAAGAGAGCGAAUGAAUACGUCAAUAAUCGAUAUCGAGGGAACGCUCUCAAGCCUGAGGUUCUCACGACAUUUUAUCCUUGGCACAUUUUUCGAUCAAUGCUUCCCUUUACUUCGAACUCAUCCCCACUCUUCAAACUAUAUCAUCAUCUCUCAGAUCCUGUUCAGAUUUCAGCAUUUCCGGAGAGUUCACUGGUCAUUUGAUUCCGUUGAGCGAGCAUGCACUCAGUGCUCGGAUGGUUAUGGAGACAAAGCUAGGGAGGUUACCAAAGGAGAUUGAUAGGGAGGGUCUGGAGGUAAUCCACUAUAAAGCUGAAUACCGUGAUCGUGAUAUUCGUACAGUGACUUCCGCAGCAAUCUCAAAAGAUGGCCGUCAGGUCGCACUCAGUUUUGAA